UCAUAUCGAUGUCGUAAUCAUUCUAACCUAAAAAUAUUGAAAUGUAAAUCAAAAACUAGUGGGUUUGGUACUUCAUGAUUUUGACCGUAUUCUAUAUUAUGUAAUCUAAACAAUGAAACUUAAUAAUUGUUUAUUAAUAUGUCAAUAUUAAUACAACUUCAACUAAGGUUAUGUAAACAAUCUAGAUUUUAUAACUCCAAUUUAUUUAGCAAGAAAUGUCUUAAAAUAUUAGUACCAACCAGCCACUAUGUACAUAAAACGAAAGUUCAGCCUUCGGCAACCGCCAUAACCAUAACCCAAGAAGAUCUAAAAUUGCUACCUCAUAAACCAGAAAUUAUUCCUGCGUGGAGACCAACUCCUUCUACAGAUAGAACAAAUCUAGUUCAACAUUAUUUAAAGUUAUCAAAGAUCAGACUUACUACGCUUGUUGUUGUAACUUCUAUGGCUGGAUAUGCAGUAGCACCUGCACCAUUUGAAUGGAGUACUUUUACAUUGUGCAUAUUAGGAACAAGCUUAUUGUCUAGUGCGGCAAAUUCAAUCAACCAGUUUCAUGAAGUUCCAUUUGAUGCGCAGAUGUCAAGGACUAAACACAGAGUAUUAGUGUGUGGUAGAUUAACGCCUCUACAUGCAAUGCUGUUUGCAACAACUGCCGGAUUAAGUGGUUUAGGAAUUUUAUAUUAUGGAGUCAAUGGAUUAACAGCUGGUUUAGGUCUGGCGAAUCUAAUAUUGUACACCUCAAUAUAUACACCACUAAAACGUAUCAGUAUUUUAAAUACAUGGGUAGGAUCUAUUGUUGGUGCAAUACCUCCUCUAAUGGGUUGGGCCGCUUGUGCCAACUCCAUAGGCCCAGGUGGUUGGCUGAUGGCCGCUCUACUGUACAGCUGGCAAUUUCCACAUUUUAAUGCACUUUCUUGGAAUUUGCGCCCUGAUUAUUCUCGAGCUGGAUACCGAAUGAUGGCUGUAACAGAUCCCGCUUUGUGCCGUAGAGUUGCAUUGAGACACACUGUUGCUAUUCAACUAUUAUCGAUGACGGCACCCACUUUAGACAUUACAAACUGGUGGUUUUUGUUAGAAAGUGCUCCACUUAAUUUGUACUUUAUUUAUUUAGCAUAUCAAUUUUAUAAAGAUUCAUCAAGUGCAACGUCGAGAAAAUUAUUUAGGUUUUCAUUGAUACAUUUGCCAGUAUUAAUGAUUUUGUUCUUAAUAAAUAAGAAAAAAUGGUUCGUUUUUGAUAAUGAAGAGUCUAAAGAAAAACAGGAACAUAGUAGUAGAACUGAUUGAUGCUAAAUAUUUUUAAUUUAUGUUGAAAUAAAAUAUUUGUUAUAAUUACA